AUGUCAGAAAAGCGCCAUGACGUGCACGAAGCUGAGCGAAAAAAUUCCCGGACGGUGGUGGUAGUAAGAGAAGAAGCCGACCCGACCCCGGGUAGCACUAUCAGAGACGAUCGCCGCUGCGACCGUCACCUUGCUUUGUCGGUCUCUUUCCAACUUUCAGAUGCCUACGCCUUUGCUAGCAGGUUAGAGUCCGGAGACUCGUACCAGGAAAACUGGAGGCUUCUGUUCAACAUCGUCACGAUUCAUGGCGCCUUUACCUUUCUUUCCAUUCUUCUGGCUCCCUUCUCCCGGCGUUUCGGUUUUUCAAUACACGUUCUGCGUUGCAAGAUAUAUGCGCCAAUUUUUCCACGCAGAAAGCUGCCUAACCCCGGAGGGUGGUCCCUGAUACUGAAUGACGCUAUCGAGACUGCUGUGACUGCAUUAGCACUGCAUCCAGAGGAAUUUCGACUUGUUCGGAGGGUACAGAAGGAUCGAAACGUCGCUGCGUGGUUCCGGUGUCGUGCAAUCUCUGUGAAAUGGUCAAUCAACGGACGUCGGGUCAAUAUCACUGAUACUCAUCCGAACGACCUAGAUUUCACCCAGUUCUCCGCGUAUAUGCACUCUCGGAAGCGAGACAUUAGCGGCAUAAUGUUACUCGUUCUCAUUCUACUUGUCGUUUCAUUCCGCUCAGCCAUGGGGCCCCGCAUAUUCUCUUCGUCCGAUCGUAUCAUCAAGCUGCUACUGGCACUUACCAGUCUUCAUGAGCGAGUCUCUCUAGCAGGAGUAGACGGUCCUCUGUACAAUGGCGGUUGGGAUACCGGCACAGAAUACUACGACGAUGUUAGAUAUACUAAUAUGACCACUUGCUCAGCUGAGCUGCAACGAUCCGGGUUAUGGUUCCAACCGCUGAAUUUCUGCGGCAGAUCUAGAACAUGCCCAUCUAGUGGAGCGGUAUAUCAGCAUCGGAUCUAA